AUGUCUUCCUCUUACGGCUCGUCUCAUCGAACACUCGUCGUUGGUUCCGCGGCCCCUCUGGAAAUGUCAGCCGGCUCAUUCGUGAGCGGGGAAAUUCCGCUGAAAUCGGGCGCCGACAGCAUUUGUACGACGCGCAUCCGCGACGAUCGGGAGAGAGAGAAGCGGGAGAUCGGACUGCUGAACGACCGUUUGGCCGAUUACAUCGAGAAGGUCCAAUUCCUGAAGGCGGAGAACGAGUGUCUCAGCCAUGAAAUUGAGAUUCUCCGUCGUGGAUUCUCGGGCGGCGAUUCCAUUUCGACGUUCUUCAGCGAGGAAGUCUCGGUGAGCCACUCCCAUGCAAUUACUUUUCGACUCGUUCCAAUCUAUUGCAGAAUGCCAAACUCCAGGUAGAAACCAUUCUUUCUCGUCGCGUCGGCUUCGAAAAAGAAAUCGCCGUGCUUUCCGCGGAUGUGGAGACGUACCGAAAGAAGUCGGCGGAGGCCUUCCAACUGUUGCGUGCUCGCCGAGCCGAUCACGACGUCGACAUCGACAAACUGCCGAAGAUUGAGGCGGAAGUUUAUUUAUUUAUUUUUUUUGAAUUUAUUUUUUUGUUUUCAAGAGGAAGAUCCGAAUUGUGGAGGAGGACGUCUACCGCAUCCGCCAGGAAAACGACGGAAUCUUGCUCAAAAUCGGACGCCUCAACGCGGCCGUCCACUCGGAGUUGGCGACGAAGAAAGAGUUGAGUGUGAACGUGCAAGCCCUGCUCCAGAGGGUCAAGCACGCGCAGACGGAGAACUGUUCGCGCAUCGAGCAGGAACUCAAUUUCAUCCGUCGCGACCAAACCGACGAGAACCGAAACUGCUUCCGCGCCGAGCUGCAGGCCGCGAUCCGCGAGAUCCGCUCCAAUUGCGAGGAGAUCAUCUUCCGAAACAGUCAGGAGCUCGAGUAUUGGUACAAGUCGCAGUUGGAGAGAAUCCGCGUCAACUCCGGACAUGUCCACGUGGAUGUGAACGAAGAGGAGAUUGUGACCAUCCGAAAGACACUCACUUCGGUUCAAAGUAGCGUGACGACACUUCAAACUCGAGUGAGUAAUGAAUGUUCGGGGGGUGGAAAUGAUAAUAUUUUUUGUUUUAGAACAUUUACCUCUCGCAACUGAUUGAAGAAUUCAACAGACAACACAAUGAAGAGGCGAGAAUCUUCGAGAUUUCCCUGGCUGAGAAGGGCGCGGAAAUCUCGAAGAUCAAGCAACAUUGCACGGAAAUGACGAUCCAGAUGGAGAAGUUGUACGACGAUGCAAUCGUAAGCCACGCACACAGAUGACCCAUACUCAACGAAACAUGUUUCAGUCCCUGAAAGCCGAACUCGAGCGUUACCGUGUCCUGCUCAACGGAGCCAACGUCACCGUGUCAACCACUUCUAACACCUCCAGUCUGUCCUCCCGUCAUCUAGUUAGAGAUGACAUCGAAGGAGUCUUGCUCGGAAGCCACGGCAUUUGA